AUGGUGAGGGAAAAGAUGAACGAUUUAUAUCUGAGUGUUCCCAGUUUCUUCAAGUGCCCAAUAUCAAUGGACGUAAUGAGAUCCCCUGUCAGCCUCUGCACCGGCGUCACCUACGAUCGGACCAGCAUUCAAAAAUGGCUGGAAUCCGGCCACAACACCUGUCCCGCCACCAUGCAAGUCCUCAAUUCCACAGACGUCGUCCCAAACCUCACCCUCCGCCGCCUCAUUCGCUUCUGGUCCGAUUCCUAUCUCCUCUGCCCCCAAUCACAGGCCAGCUUCAACAACCAUUUAGCCAUUGAGUCCAUUAGAAAAUUGAUCAGUAGCGAAGAAACCGAUGAAGUUUUGUUAAGCUCAUUGUCGAAGAUCGUCGAAUUGGCAAAAUUCUCUGAUGAAGGUAGAGAAUCCUUGGCGAAUUCGGAGGGAUUCCUUCCAAUGUUGGCGAGGAUUCUGAAAAGCAGCAAUGAAGUUGAAGUCGUUGAAUUAGUGGUUACCACUUUGGAUCUGAUUCUAUUUACAAAAGAAGUCAAAGAACGAUUAAAGAAAAUCAACUUGGAUGAUGCUUUCUUUUCGCCGUUCAUUUUGGUUCUUCAGAAAGGCCACUUUGAAGCAAGAAUUAGCGCCGCUAGAGUUUUGGAAUCACUCGCCCUGUUCGAUUACGAAUCUCGAAGACUAAUCGCCGAGCAAAAAGGCUUAUUAAACGAGCUUUGUCAUCUUACCAACACGUUAACAAAUCAGACGGCAAUUGAUGCCGGAUUAGCCGCUAUCAUCGCGAUUUCCACAUCCAGGCCGGCCAAAAAGGAGCUCCUCCGGCUGGGGGUUGUGAGAACCGCUGGACGGAUCCUGUCCGGUUCUGAAAAUACAGUAACGGCGAUGGAAAAAGCUAUGAAGGUACUAGAAAUGGUAUCCACGAACACGGAGGGGCGGGUGGCGAUAUCCGACGACGAGAACUGUAUCUCCGGCGUCGUACAACGGCUGAUGAAGGUUUCAACGGCGGCGACGGAGAACGGAAUCGUCGUGAUAUGGAAUGUGUGUUACCUGUCGAGAGAUCGGAGUGCUCAGGAAGCUGCGAUGGGGAGCAACGGCUUGACGAAGGUGUUGCUGGUGAUGCAGAGUAACUGCUCUGCCAUCGUGAGGCAAAUGUGUAAGGAUUUGGUGAAGGUUUUCCGUGUUAACUCAAAGUCAUGUUUGGCGAGUUACGAGACUCGGACAACUCACAUUACGCCUUAUUAA